GGUGGCCCCUGGCGCCGGCAGCCUUGCCAGCAUCUCUGCCCCAAAAACAAGUCUGGGGCUGCCCUCUGCCCAGCAGGAUGCAAAAUCGGAGCCUCUCCCCGGGGAGCCGGGCCCGGGGUGGGGAGCUGGGGGGGGCUGCGUGGGCUGAGGACAGACGGGGCAGCCGGACACCCCCGUCCCCUCGUUGCACACACGGCCAUGCCUGAGGCGUCCAGCAAACAGGAGUAGGACCCAGAACGAGGCCCACCUAGGGGGGUGUCCCGCCAGGGCCUGUGCCCCUGCAAACUGGGGCUGGGGGUGUGACCCAAAUGGGACAGAGAAGGGUCCCCUUGCUUCAGACACCCCCAGCAGCCUCUCCUCAGCCUCUGUGGAGUCAGGUCCAGGUGCACCCCGCCCCCCCAGCCUCCGGCCCACUCCCCACACUCCUGUCUCCCUUGUAUGCAGCAGCAGCCCCCUCUUGGCACUGUGCCCAUGCUUCUGGGGCGGUUGGUCACUCCCACCCUGUGCCCCCGCAGCUCUGGACAGCUGUGGAGGGAGACACCCUUAUUUUUCCUUGGGCCCCCCUGGAGCCCAGCCCUGUGAGCACAGCGCCCAGCUCCUGGGAACCAGGGCAGAUGCCUCCCCAGUGAGUCGCGGUCACUCAGCUGGACUGGCUGGGGCGCGCGGGCCGGGGCAUGGCCGCCCUGCCUUGGAGAUGCAUGCCCCAGCGACCAGGGGUGCCCCCCAGGCCCGGCCCAGGCUCAGGCAAACGCCACACCUGGCAACCCGGAAGAUGGAGACGAGCCUUCCCGGGAGGAGGGGCUGAAGGACUGUGUGUGUGAGGGGGGACAGGAGCGUCCCAGUGGGCAGGCUUUGCUCACCCAGCAGAACUCUGCCGGGUUCCAUCUGUCCUGACCCUCCCCGUCAGACCCCCGCUUCACCCCAGCAGCCCUAGGGAGACAGGACCGGGGAGCAGAGGGGCCUCCAGAGCAGCCACGGUGCCCCCACUGGGCCCUCGCCUCGCUGAGAGUGUCUGCGAGGGGACAUCGGGGCACUGCCCCAGCAGGCAGGAGGGGAGCCUCACUCAGAGACUCCACUGCUCCCGGCCUCAGUCUCCGCAUCUGCCGAAUGGGCAUCACGCCGACCUGCCGUGGUGAGGAGGACAGGGCCGCUUGCUCCCGGUAAGCCUCCAGACGGGUGCUGUGGUGCCACAUGCAGCACUUGGAGCAGAGCCUGCUGGGUGGGGCGGGCAACUGUUAGCCGCCCUUGUUGCUCCACUAAGUGCCGGGCUCUGUGCCCAGUGGAUUCCUGGACCCAACUUCCUGCCAACCCCGAGAAGGGGGCGCCCACGCUGGCCCUCUCAGCAUUGAGGAAGCCAUGGCUCAGAGAGGUGAAGUCACUCGUCCAGGGUCACACAGCUGGGCUGUGGUGGAACUGGCAUCUGAAGCAGGAUUGGGAGACUUUCCUGGGCCCGGCCGGCGCUUCCUCCCCACCCCAGCUUCCUUUCCUCCCACGACGGGGCCAGGAGGAGCCCCUGCAGGUCCCGGCUGGGGCCUCGCCUGCCCUUUCAUUGAGGGGUUCCUGUCCCCAUCCCUUCCCUAGGGUGCUGGCGGCCCCCCAGAGAGUCCUGGCGAGCACCUGGCGGGGCGGGCUCUGGGGAAGGGGCGGGGCGGGGCGGGCCAACCGGUCGGGCCGCUCGGCUCCGGGGACUCGCGGCCGGGCCUGCGCUGACAGCCCGCGGGGCUGGCGGGGAGCUGGGGCCGUGGGGCCACGAGGCGGCCGUCAGGUACGGGGGACCCAGGGCCGGGGUGGGGGGCAGCGGGAAGGAGCCGCACAGCUGCCCCAAACCCUCACUGGGCCCCGACUCGCAGCGCCCUGGUUUCCCCCUCCCCCGGACCUCCCCUGUCCCUCCCCGCCAGGCAGCAUCCUUCCCUCGCUCUGGGUUGCCGGCUUUCCAGCCAUCUUCCGGGGACACCCCAUCUCGUCCCAAGUUUGCCGGGCCUCUCUCCCAAACUGGACCACCCCAGUUCCAUUUGCCACCCCCUCUCCCGAAUUCCCCUCCCUCCAAAUCUCAUUCCGUCCCCCAGAUGGAUCCAUCUCUGAAAUUGUAGUCACCCUAAGUUGCUCAGCUGGUCCCAGUUCUCGCCACACUGGUUCACAUCCUUUUAAGCAGCAUCAACCCUGCCCCCACGGCCCUCCGUCCCAAGGCCUCAGUUUCCCCCAAAUUUCCCCUGGCCUCUGCACCAGCCCCCACGUCCCCAGUCCAUACUCCCAAUUGUCCUGGCCUCUGGGAAUGCCCAGGGCUCCCAAACACCCAGUCACCCAACCACGGCAAUCUCACCUUCCCCGAUUAGCCUCUAGCCACCCACAGCCAUUCCCUGUCAUCCCUCCUCCGGCCAUCCCUGCCCUUCGAGACCUCCCACCUGCCUCACCCGGUGACCCGAGAACCCAGCCUCCGUGGGGUGUCUUACCUGCCGAGGCCACACGGGGCUGCCCGGGGCAGGGCAGGGACCCCGAGCACUGGGCGCUGAGCCCGGCCCCGUCCUCCCCUCCCGCCAGGAGCAGCCUGCCCGUGUCCUGCUGCCCGGCCGCCAUGCACAAGUACUACAACGUCCGCUUUGUCAAGGGCGCCCUGCCCCCUGGCAUCCCCAGCGAGCGCUACUUCUUGGACUCAGAGUUGGGGCACCAAAAAGGAUGCUGUCACCAGUGGUGCCAUGACCCAGCGGCCCCUCACGCCCACCGGCCCUGCUGGCCGCCCCCCCAGCCGCACUGGCAGCUGGUCUACACCAGCACCCGGGGGGGCUGCAAUGGCGGCUGGUGCCAGGGACCCCAGCCCCUCACCCUGCAGCAGCCGCAGCCCCAGCCCUCACCUCCCAGCCCCCUGCGGCAGCGGCUCUGCUCCACUCACGGGGUCCAGAAGGGGCGGCCUGCCACCUCUGCUGCCCCCGCAGGACUGGCCGGCGCCCCCCAGCUGCCCCCCGCACCCACCGCGGCCAGCAGCAGCCCAGCCGGCACCCGACCGGAGCCCAGCAAUUCCCGGCCCCUGCCCAGCCCCACGGCCUGCGGCCCCUUCACCUCGUACAGCUCCGACAUCCUGACGGAGGAUGACGUCUACUGCAACUGCCUGGCCAAGACCCUGUGCCAUGUGCCCGUCCCGGUGACCGUGGGUUUCUACGCCCCCUUCGGCUGCCGCCUGCACCUGAUGCUGGACAAGAUCACCGAGCUGAUGAAACAGGAGGCGGCGCAGCACGAGGCCGAGGAGCUGCAGCGCGUGCGCUGGCGGCCGCGGCGGGUACGCGGCUGGGGCUACCCGCAGCUGCUGAUGUACCUGGUGUUCCUGCAGCCCCUCAUCACCGAGCUGCACCUGCGGCGCACGAACGUGCAGUUCCUCUUCAUCCGCUUCAGCGCCUGGCACUACGCGGGCGCCGACAAGCUGUGGGCCGGCCUGGUGACCACGCUGUGCGAGGGCAUCCGCCGCCACUACGGCGCGCUACCCUUCAGCGUGUACUCGGUGCUGGGCAACAAGCCGGCCAUGUCGCCGAACUUCCACCAGCGAGAGUGGCACUGCCGGCGCCGCGUGAUCCUGGUGCUGCUGGCGCUGGUGGCAGCGCUUGGCCUCGGCGUGGCCCUGCUCUACCUGUCCCUGAGCGGCCGGGCGCUGGGCCACCACGGCGGCGCGAGCAGCAGCCUGCUCAGGGCGUUCGGCGGCGCGGCCACCACGCUGUCGGGCUCGGGGCUGCUCAUGGCCGUGUACUCGGUGGGCAAGCACCUGUUCGUGAGCCAGCGCAAGAAGAUCGAGCGGCUGGUGUCGCGUGAGAAGUUUGGCAGCCAACUGGGCUUCAUGUGCGAGGUGAAGAAGGAGGUGGAGCUGCUCACCGACUUCCUGUGCUUCCUGGAGAUCUACCAGCGGCGCCGGCUGCGCAUUGUGCUCGAGGUCACCGGGCUGGACACGUGCUGUCCCGAGCGCGUGGUGGGUGUGCUCAACGCCAUCAACACGCUGCUGUCCGACAGCCACGCGCCCUUUAUUUUCAUCCUGGUCGUGGACCCCAGCAUCCUGGCCGCCUGCCUCGAGAGCGCCGGCUCCAUGAAGGGCAUGGCGGACAACGGCUACCACUUCCUCAACCGCACCGUCACUCUGCCCUUUUCCGUGCCGGUCAUGGGCCGCCGCACCAAGCUGCAGUUCCUGCAAGACGCGGUGCAGAGCCGCGACGACUUGCUCUACCGCGAGAUCACGCGCAAGCUGCGGCCGCUGGACGGCGGGGGCGCGGACGGCGGGGGCGCAGGCGGCGAGGGCGCGCAGCUGCUGGGCGCAGAGAUGCAGGCGGGGGCCGAGCGCGCGCAGAGCCGCAUCGACGCCGUGGCGGCGCGCCGCAUCCAGGAGGCGUUCCUGUGCCUGCACGACGAGAGCGACUGCCUCUACGAGUACGUGCCCGACAACGUGGUGGCCAUGCGGCGCAUCGUCAACACCGUGCCCAUCACCGUGCGCCUGCUGCUGCAGCAGCAGCAGGGCAAUUUCGGCGGCCCCACGCCGCGCCAGAUCGUGGCUUGGGUCGUGCUCGCCAACCAGUGGCCCUGUCGCCUCAGCUGGGCUCUGCAGUGCCUGGAGGACCGGCAGCAGGCCGGGGGCGGGCCCGAGGCCCGCGCGCGCCUCUGGGACGUGUUCUGUGACAACAGCCGCGAGCUGCACACCAUGACCAAGGCGUUGCAGAACGUGCUCGCCCUGGACGGCGACCCCGAGCUGUUCGAGCGCUUCCUGGGCGCCGACUUUCCCUUCAGCGCAGCGGAGGCGCAGACCCUGCUGAGCUGCACCGUCAACUUGGACCACUCCAUCCGCCGCCGCAUGGGCCUUAUCCGUGCCGUCAGCACGCUCAAUUCCCCGAGCCCACCCAAGUCCCCUGCCCGCGGCGCCCCCCACGCCGCUCCCCAUGCCGCCCACGGAGCCAACAGCGCUGCCCGGGAGCCCGCGUCAGGCCAUGCCCCCGCAGCACCUGCCCCUGGGCCUGCCGGGGAAGCCCCCCACCCCCGGGGCUGCGUGCCGGGGGGCAAGGCAAGACCCCAGGCCUGAGCGACCUUCACCCCUGGGGCAGAAUCUGGUGGCAGCAGGAGGCAACAGCUGCUCAGACUGCCUAGAGGAGGGUGUAGGGGGCCCUACUGGGCCCAAGGCCCAAGGUCAGUUGUCCAGAGUUUGGAGUGAGGCCUGUGGUGGCCACAUUCCUCGGGUGAAUCUGUGAGCCAGUCAGAGAGCCUUUGGCCGUGGCCUCCUGAGUGGGGCCGUGUGCAGGUCAGUGCCAGGGUCUGAAGGCAGGUGCAGGACCAGGGAGGAACUCAGGGUUUAAGUGCAAUAAAUGAAGGUGAGGAAAGCCCCUGCUUGGUCUUUUUGCCUUGGUCUCCCUGUCUCAGUGAGCUCGAGGGCCAGGCCUGCCCUGCCCACUGCACCUUGGCAUGGCUGGCAUGGCCGGCAUCCCCAGUGGCCAGAGGGGCUGGGGGAGCAGUGGGUGAGGCUGCAGAGGCAGGCAGAGGAGAUCAAGGGUGGAUGUGCCAGGCUGACUCAGGCCAUGGAGAGCACCCAGGUCUCUGUCCCCACACCCUAGCCUGGCCCUCUGGUGGGCAGGGCUGCAGCUGGCAUUUCCAGGGGCGGUGUCCCCGGUGACCUCAGCAGGCUGCCCCACUUCCAGGUGGCUCCACCUGCAGCAUAAUGGGUUCAUUAGCCCUCAUUGGCACCUCAGCCAGCUGAGGUGGGUGGUGCCGCUUCCGUGCAGAGAAGUAACUGUCAUUCCAGGGCUACCCAAGGGUUUGUCACUGACACCAAAGCCCCCUGGUCAGGCCCUUGUUGGGGAGUUGGGGGCAGAGAAAUCGAGCAGCAAAGAUGGGGGCACUUGUAGGCAGUUGGACUUGGAGGCAGGCAGGAGCUUAUCCCAGAGCUGGGCUGGACUCGGCCAGGGUGGCUCACACAGUUGGCCGGAGCCCCAGCAUGGAGGCAACUCCAGGGGGGCAGCUGGAGUCCUUGGUCCAGUAGCCACCCCUUCAGGUCUGGCCCUGCUCAGGACAGAGGAGCAAUCUCUGGGGAGCCCAGAGCUGUGUGCUUCAGGCCCUGCACAGUGGGGUGGGGUGCUGACCUCAUGCAUCUUAGCUCCCAGGUCAGGCACAAGAUCCAACCCCAGGCCCCUGUGAUCCGUUCACAGGUGGGCACAGUGCCCAGAGCAGGUCGGCGGGAGCCAGCCCUGAUUCUCACUGAAGCCCUCCGGAUGGAGGUGCUGUUUUCAGUCCCGGCCCCACUAAGCUGGGGCAUAGUUAGCUUGGGACCUGCUGGAAGAUCUUACCUGAAAGAGGGUGGAGCCACCACAGAGGCUCUGAGCUGAGAAGGAGGUGGGGUGUCCAGGAUGCUGUGAGACCAGCAUGUGUGCAGAUGUGUGACGGGGGCCAACACGUCUACCUUCCCUUCUGCCUCCCUUAAACCGGUUCGGGUUGGGUUUCUGUUUCUUACCCCCACCCCCCAAUCCAGGCUGACGAUAAGCUGGUCCCAGGAGUGGGGUGCAAAAGUGAGGACGCCCGUGCCAGUAUGAAGCUGCAGUCCCUGGGAGGUGGCACAGAGCAGCGGCCACACUGUUGCCUGAUGAAGCUAGCAUUUUGGGAGGUUUUGUACAAAAAGCCAAACCAAACCAGGGCGUGAGUGGCUUGGUGAGGCCGCGAUGGCUCACUGCCCCUGCUCAGACUCAGCUCCCCUCCAUGGCGUGGGGCUCUCGCCAGGGAUGUGCACCUGGGAGAGGCAGGGGGACUGGGCCUCACCAACCCAAGGGAGUGGCCGUGGUGCACGUCAGUCCCUCCGAGCUCACAGCAAAGGGGUGAGGAGCAGGGCUGCCUUCUCCGAUCUGCUCCCCCGUUUUCCCACUGGCUGUGUGGCAGCCCUGGGGCCCUGGGGGAGAUGGCAGAGCCACGGAGGGAAGGGCCUGGGCCCACGAGUCACCCUGUGAACUGCCUGCCAACUCUGAAUGCUACAUGAAAAUAAAUGUCUGUCCUUUCCAA